AUGAGGAACAAGCAAGAAGAGCUGGAAGCCUUGGCUCAGUCCCAGUGCUAUGACGUCAUUGGCAUAACUAACUUCAGCGUGGUGGGACCAGACCGCCCUCUCCAGGUCACUGUGGGGCAGGACAUCGUGCUGCCAUGUCACUUGUCCCCCAGCAUGGACGCUCGGAGCUUGGAUAUCAGGUGGAUCCGGCACCGGUUCUCCAAAACGGUGCACCACUACCGAAAUGGAGAGGACCUGUACAGGGAUCAGAUGGAGGAGUACGGUGGGAGGACAGAGUUGGUCAGAGAUGGUCUCUCCCGUGGACGCCUGGACUUGCAAAUCUCUGCGUUGAGACCCUCUGACGAUGGUCAGUACGUCUGCACUGUGACAGAUGGUGCCUCUUAUGGAGAAGCUACGGUGGAUGUGGAGGUGGCAGGCUCUGUCCCUCAGCUCUCCCUCGAGGCUUACGAGGACGGAGGCAUCCGGGUGGUGUGUCGAUCGGCCGGCUGGUACCCACAACCGGAGGUGCUGUGGAAAGAUCCCAAUGGGCAGCAUCUCCCCUCGGUCUCCCAGAGACAUUUCUCGGAUGAGAGGGGCCUGUUUGACGUCGCGGGCAUCAUCAUUAUGACCGGGAAGGGAAAUGAGAAAUGGUCCUGCGUGCUCCGGACGCAGAUGUGGAUCCCCGUGAGUCCCGGGGGCCUCCUGAGUUAUUUGGUGACUCUCCACGUCCUGCGGCUGGGAUCAGCUAACUUCAGCGUGGUGGGACCAGACCACCCUCUCCAGGUCACCGUGGGGCAGGACGUCGUGCUGCCAUGUCACUUGUCCCCCAGCAUGGACACUCAGAGCUUGGACAUCAGAUGGAUCCGCCACCAGGCCUCUGAAACGGUGCACCACUACCGAAAUGGAGAGGAUCUGUACAGUGAACAGCUGAGGGAAUAUGUUGGGAGGACAGAGUUGGUCAGAGAUGGUCUCUCCAGUGGACGCCUGGACUUGCAAAUCUCUGGGUUGAGACCCUCUGACGAUGGUCAGUACGUCUGCACUGUGACAGAUGGUGCCUCUUAUGGAGAAGCUACGGUGGAUGUGGAGGUGGCAGCUACAGGCUCUUGCCCUCAGCUCUCCCUCGAGGCUUACGAGGACGGAGGCAUCCGGGUGCUGUGUCGAUCGGCCGGCUGGUACCCACAACCGGAGGUGCUGUGGAAAGAUCCCAGCGGGCAGCAUCUCCCCUCAGUCUCCCAGAGACAUUCCUCAGAUGCGAGGGGCCUGUUUGACAUUGAAGGCGUCAUCGUUGUGACUGAUGGGAAGAGACUUGGGAAGUGGUCCUGCGUGUUGCGUUCCUUGGCCUCGGUGCUUAUCUCUCAAGACGGACCUGUGGAUGAGUCAACGCAGGAGCAGGGCACCCCAAAGCGCCUGUGGCCAUGA